CUUGAUGACCUAUUCCACGUGCCAAAGAGUCAACAUUUUGCAGCUCAUGCAAUUCCCUCAACUGAAGACAAAUGGAAAUGGCAAUCCCUAAAUUUAUUAUUAUACGUCUGGAUCUUGAACUGCUCCAGUCUAGAGAGAAACCUCAAUAUUACUUAUAAAUAGCCAUUACCCUCAUCUAAAACCAGCAUAAAAAGCACACCCACAACCCUUUUUCCUUUUCCCCUUUUCCAAUUUAGUCUCUUUGGAGUUUGGGUAAUGGAGGAUUUCAGAUCCAAAUCUUGCAGAGAAGGGAAAAUGCAGAUUGAAAGCUACCAUGAAAGCAAGACUGCCCCAACAAAUAUGCAAGAUCUGAGGUCUUACAGUGUCAAUUAUGCAAGUUCUGUGCAGCAGAAUCAAUCAAACAAAGAGGUAAAGAUGAAGAAAGCCAAAACCAGUAAUGGAUCUACUUCUAAAAGCUGGAGUUUUAAGGAUCCAGAAUUGCAGAGGAAGACAAGGGUUGCUGGUUAUAAGGUUUAUGCUGUGGAAGGGAAGAUGAAAGGGUCUCUGAGAAAGAGUUUCAGAUGGAUCAAGAACACUUACACUCAAGUGGUGUAUGGAUGGAGGUGAUAUGUUAUAGCAAUUUGUUGUGUCAGUUUCUGUUUUGGAUCUUGAAUUUCCUGAGUAUUGUAUACUAUAUGUAUGAAUCUUGAUCUUCCUGUCCCUCAAGUUCGUGAAGAAAAGAAAAAUGAAAGUUUGAGUUUUGAAUAUGCUUUUUUUUCCCCCUCAGAUUCCAUUGAGUUGUGUAAUUGUAAUUAUGUAAUCAGUGGGGGCUCGGUUUACUCUGUUUUUGCUCUUGCUAUAUAUAUAAUCCCAAUAGAAAGAA